GAAGCCAUCUCGACUGUCAUAACUUUCACCCGCAAAAAAAUCAACUUGCCAACGGAAUCCACUUCUCUCUCAGAAGCAUACGAGAUUUCGAUUGACCCAGAUUCAGAUACAAUCCAAAUUAAGGCAAAUUCUGAACCUGGAGCAUUUUACGCUGUACAAACACUUUUCUCUCUCAUGAAGAAAGAGCAGGACAAGAAAACUAAGUCCGUCGGUUAUCGGUUUCCAAAAAUAAAGAUCAUGGAUGCCCCCCGCUUCGAAUACCGAGGACUGAUGGUGGAUGUAAGUCGUAAUUUCGUCACCAAAAAGGACGUCUUGAAGUUGUUGGAUCUAAUGGCGAUGUAUAAACUCAACAAGUUCCAUUUCCAUCUGACUGAUGAUGAUGGCUGGAGGUUUGAGGUGCCACAGUUCCCAGAGUUAACAAAGUUUGCUGCUAAUCGCUGUUAUGACCCGUCACGUGAAGUCUGCCUUCCACCCUCGUUAGGAUCCGGUCCGUAUACCAACACAUCUGGGUCAGGUUACUACUCCGUACGAGACUACAAAGAGAUUCUGAGGUACGCCAAGGCCAGGCACAUCCAGGUCAUUCCAGAGGUUGAUGUCCCGGGUCACGCUGGGUCAGCGGUCAAGGCCAUGGAACUCAGAUACAAGAGAACGAAAGACGCCAAAUAUCGCCUCAGUGACCCGAACGACAAAUCUCAAUACAGGUCUGCCCAGGCACACACAGACAAUGCUGUGAAUCCUUGUCUGGAUUCCACCUACGAAUUUUUCAAGGUCAUUAUACUUCACCUUCAUGACCUGCACAAGGACAUUCAACCUUUGACCUUUUAUAUGUUGGGUGGGGAUGAGGUUGCCAGAGGAGCAUGGGAAAGGUCACCCAUGUGUGAAAAAUUUAAAAAGGAAAAGGGACUGAAUGGUUACCAUGAUUUAAAGAAAUAUUUUUUCAAGAGGCUGAUGAGUGAGUUGAAGCUGGAGGGCUUGAGUGUUGGAUUAUGGGAAGAUGCUGUUUUAAACGAUAACCAGGAGCCACAUCCAGUGGAGGAAAGCAAAAAAGGACAGCUCUACACAUAUAGUUGGACCAACAUCUGGGAAUGGAGGAAAGGAUCUCUGGCUUACAAACUUGCCAAUGCUGGUUACAAGGUAGUGAUGUCCCCCGCCACCUACUUUUACUUGGACCACCCCUAUGAGCCUGACCCUGAGGAGGGAGGUCUGUAUUGGGCCACACGGUACAUAGACACUCAGACUGUCUUCAGUUAUCAGCCUGACGAUCUGUACAAGAACAGAGGGACCCAGCACAAUGGAGCUCCAAUGACAGACAGUAUUCUGUGCUCAGGGGGCUGUCCUCCCUUAAAGGAGCCUCAGAAUAUCAAAGGAAUCCAGGCUGACUUAUGGACAGAGAGCAUCAGGAAUGCUGACCAGAUGGAGUACAUGUUGUUCCCCCGACUUCUGGCCCUGGCUGAGCGAGCCUGGCACAAAGCACCCUGGGAAAACAUCAAGGACCCGACCCGACGGCGUCUGAAGCAGCAGACCGACUGGGAGGUGUUUGUCAACAAAGUGGGUCACAAGGAACUGAGGCGACUGGAGGAGAAGGGGGUCAAAUUUCGCCUGGACCCUCCCGGGGCAAGGUUCAGUAACUCAAUUUUGGAAGUAAACACAGUUUUCCCUGGAACGCUCACUGAAUACAGCUUAGAUAGUGGAAAGACAUGGAAAAAAUAUGACCCAGAAAUUUCAACUAAAGUCCAACACAAAGGCAGUAUUUUGGUGCGAUCUGUAUCUUUUGAUGGAAAAAGAAAAAGUAGAAUAGUUUCCUUGGAUUGAAAAUCAUUUUGUCCAGUUUUCCAUUUGUGUAAAUGUGUGAAAACUUUUUUGAUCUCAUUUUAUAGUAUAUCUAAGUUCUUUCAAUUAUAUUUAUAAAUCAUUCAGUGCUAUAUUUAUAUCUAAACCCUGUAAUUUGAUAUCUUAAUUAAUUAAAUGCAGCAUAACUUUCCAUCAUACAUGUACACUUUUAUGAUUGUAUUUGAUUGUGAGGAUUGAAAUGGAGAUGUACAUAUAUAUGAUAUGUGUAAUUAAGACACAUCCAUUUUUCAGAAUUUUUUAUUGUUAAUUUUUUCUUCAUGUUUAUAGAGGUUUAUAGCACUUUUUCGCUUCUUGCACAUGAUGUAUACAAAUCAAAAGUAUUUUUAUACACUUUAUACUUCAUCUAUGUUAUUGUAUAAUCUGUGUUUGUUCAAAUGCAGUGUAUUUAUAAAGUGCCAUAACCAAAUUAGUUAGGCUUUGUAAUACCUACCAAGCACAAUGUUACUGUACAAUCACAUUUAGAUAGGAAAUCAAUGUUAUACAUAGUUAGGAAAAAUUUAUUAUCUGGGACUUGAACCAAGGGCCUCUGGUGUAACUUUGCCAGCUUGCUUUUGCACCACUGAGUUAGUGAGAUCUGGAAUGCUGAUAGGUUGAAUGGAAUUCCUACGCCUGUUUCUCUAAUGACAUAAAUCUUUCUUGUCACAGGAAGAAACUUUGCCCUUUGGUUUACUGAAAAUUGACUGAGAAUUUACUGAAAGAUUACUUGUACUGAAAAGCAGAGCUGUGCUGUUCAGUACCAUAAUCAGUGACUUUUCAGAUUCAUCUUGUGCAUAUUGCUGUGAAAACUCACUGAUUACAAAAAGUUGCUUUGUACAUAUACAUGUAUAUUGAUUGAUUAAUGAUUAUUGUUUUAUAUUGAAUCGACAAUAUUAUAGCCAUAUUUCGGAGGUACAUGUAUGAAUUUAAAUGUGGUAGGAACAGUACAUAAUUAUAUAUUUAUUUGUCCUCUACCAGUAAAACUGGAGGGAACUUUGUAUAGGUAUCUUCCUUGGCUGACUAUCUGUGUAUCUGCCUAUUCCUCUAGCUGUCUGCUUGUCUGUUUAAAUUUUGUUUCCCCAUCUUUUGUAAUCUACAUGAUUGUAGAUACUUAGCUGAAUUUUAGUAUGUGAGUCUAGGAUUUUGAGAUACAGACAAAGUUUGUAUUCUUUGUCAACUCAAUGUUUUUUUUUUUUGGAUUUUUUUAUGGGGAACCAAAUUACACAUCUUGGUAGGGUACUAGUAUUGCUUACGACAGCAAUUUACUUCAAAAGUAUGUAGAUUUUGCUUAUAUUGCCACCUUAAAAAUGUGUUAAAGGCAUCUGUUAAAAUAUUUGAUAUUUUUGUUUUGUAUCAUAGACAUCUAAGUAAAUUAUAUAACAAUA